AUGAAUCCAAAUCAGAACCAAGAUUUACCUCCAGAAAUAUUAGAGCAACUUCAAAAUCUUCAUUUGGAGCUGGAAGAUGGAGACAUUACUCUGAAGGGAUUCGAAAAGAAAAAAGCAAGCUUAUUAGCAAACCAUUUUAAUUCAAAUCCUUCCUCACCUAUCUCGCCUUCAGUUACCACUAUCAGUAUCUCUUCUACAAGCAAUAAUGAUGCGUUUCAGGAACAAAAACAGCAGAAGCAGAAAACAGACGCGGAGCUACUUGAAGAAUUAGGUCCUGAACCCAGUGCGGCUGAUGUUGUAGAUUUCUUAGACUUUUUACCAUCCCCUACUCACUCACCAAAACGUAGAUCUGCUGAGGUGCAUACUAACCAAUCAGCAGCUUCAGAACAGCAAUUACCACGGCAACAACUACAACAACAACAGCAAUUUGUUUCUCCAAAUUAUCAGCCACAGUCAUUGUAUCAUCAAGCCUCGCCAUAUCCACAACGUUCACCGCAACAACAACAUCAACAGUAUGCUCCACAACAACCUGCUUAUUUUCCGCAGCAACAACAUCAGCAUCUUCCUCAGUCACCACAAAUUACCAGACCGAACUAUAUCCCGCAUAACCCACGACCUUAUUCUGGGCCAAAUAUGAACAAUAAUAACAAUGGAAUGAUGAUCAGUCGCCCUCCUAUGAAAAUGGGAUCACCUAUACCUAACAAUAGUAAUAGCAGACCUUAUAUCAAUAAUGGCUACAUACAACAGCAGCAACAUCAAGCACAACUGCCUUCACGACCUCCCAAUGGUUUUUAUAAUCAAAGGCCUCCUCCUCCAAAUAUGAUGUAUAGACCACAGCAACAAAUGCUACCUUCUUCGCCAGCUUCUAUCAUGAACACUAGGCCUGUCUAUAAUAUGAAUCUCAAUAAUACUCGACUACAGCCACGACCUAGUAUUCAUAUGAACAGACCACCGCCACAAUUGCAACAACAAUAUUACAGUAACUAUCAUACGGGUAUGAAUAGUAAUAGUAAUAUCAAUGGUAGUAUAAGCAGGUCCAUGUCUACUUAUAGUAAUGCUACGAGUGUGCAAAAUGGCUAUGAUCACGGUGGAGGAAAGCAACGAUUACAACAGGAUUACAUUGAACCCCAGCAACAGCAAGGGCAUUAUAUCUAUUCCAGUAGUCGAACGGAUUCGUUGGAUUGGAAUCAGCAGUAA